AUGGGAGAUAAUAUGGACGCAGAUGCACAAACUGCCACCGAUAUGAAUACAAAUAAUCAUUCGGAUGUGUACGAGAAGUCAGACCGACGUUCAGAGGAGCAUGAGGCACAUCGUACACGAGAUGCAGAACAAGGAUAUGCACAGUUACCGCAAGAAGUCCUUAUAGCAAUAUUCCAAUACUUAGAUCCAGUCGGUCUGGUUCGUGCCAGUCAUGUGUGCAGUACUUGGCGACAACAUGCAUGCUCAGAAGAGAUGUGGAGACGCAUUGCGCAUGCUAGGGGUUACAAUCUAAAGCAGGGAUGCUCGGGCGCUUGUCCUAGGUCUGAUGUGAAUACAAAGCCAGUGAGCAGGAGACCGUUCGAAGGAGCAUGUGAGUGCACCAGUUGGCGUAGGGUGGGUAUAACGUGUACUUUGGGGUUUCUAAAUAGUCCCAUUCAAGUAGUUAUCGUAGCGACUGCGAAUGAUAUACACAGGGCAGCAUGUGCUGCUAGUGUGGUCGAAAAUAUGGCUACACUUAACGGAUUCGACAAACUGCCGGCAACGACGCCUGAGGAAUUCAUAGAGCGAGGUCGAUCUGAAGACAAAUCCCCCCUCCUGGUUGUGUACGUGAUAUAUCUGUCUGACGGAGCGGCCUCCACUACCGCAUUUCAAAAGUUAAUUAACAUGGUCGAGUCUGAGCUAGAAGGAGCAGAUGGCAGCCCUACAUUGUUUCAAGGUCAACAUUACGGGGUUUACAUCAAACAUCGAGAAAGCCCGUCUAUCGAAGCGGAUGUGUCUCGGCUGAAGAAUGCGCUGAGGCUAUGUGGCGCAACUUGUAUGUCGUCGCAUACGGACAGUGACCACGACGAUCUGAGUGAGCGGACCGACUGCAGAUUGGUGGGUACGGAUUUUAGGAGCUGGAAUCGAAAAUUGUGGCGACUCUGUGAAAAGAAACGGGGUUGGCCCACAAGGAGGAAACAGCUGAAUAUGAACAAGACCAUCCGCUCUGCUGAUGAGUUGUGGUCCUUCCGCGCCCAACGGCUGGCCCUCAUCAACCGCUUCAAGACCAGAGCACAUAGGCGGAAUCAGAAGCGCAAGUUCCUGGACGUGGACGUAUACUCGGUGUCUUCUACCAUCAUCGUCAUGGUGCUGUGCUACUUUGUGCAGACCCGAUACUACGCCAACAGUGUUUGA